AUGUAUGCCACUCGGAUUAUGCGCAUGCAGGCCACUCGGUCUUUUGCCUUCCCUGCCCCCAAGGAACCCCAGAGCGCCCACACUAUCUCCCAGCGUCUGCGCCAGAUCAAGCGUGUUCCCCCCGAGUUGUUCCCCAUUUUCUUCGUUUGCGGUGUUGCCAUCUGUGCCGGUAUCUACUCCGCCACCAACAAGAUCAUGACCGACAAGACUCUGCGUCUCUCCCGCAACAGCCCCGAGAGCCGUGAGCACUAA